AUGCUUACAAAGCAAGCUUGGAGAUUGAUCAAUAAUCCUUCCUCUCUUGCUGCCACAAUUAUGAAAGCAAAGUACUAUCCAAACUCCAAUUUCGUCGAGGCCAGAAAAGGUGGUAACCCGUCCUUCGUGUGGUCAAGUUUGUUAGAGACAAAAGGCAUCAUCCAACGCAACACUCAAUGGAGAAUUGGAAAUGGCCUUUCAGUUCGCAUAUGGCACGACAAGUGGUUACCAGACGCAGCAAAUCCAAUGGUCACCACUCCUCCUUUUCCUCAUCUACAUAAUGCAACUGUUAAUUCCCUCAUGAAUAAUCAAGGCACAGAUUGGGAUGUGGAGGUGGUAAGGGAUAUUUUCAACACCAGGGAUGCUCAGCUUAUUCUAAGUGUCCCUAUCCCGCAAGGAAACAGAUAUGAUAAGGUCAUAUGGAAUAAGGAUGAGAAGGGAUCUUCACCGUGA